AUGGAUCCGAUGCAGAACGGCACGCAGGUACGGCAGGUCCAGCUGGUCCAAGAUCAGGCACGCAGUCCACCACCUCGACAGCAUUCACCACGGGCAGGACACCAUCCAGGGCGAGCCAAGCAACAACACCUCUAUGCACUUUUAGAAGAGGUGGUCUCUCCUCUUGGGACCCCAUUGCAGCACCUUGUUGAGAAGCCAUUAAAACUCACACAACAUAAAACAAGACACCGGCCGCGGGAGAAAAACAAGCGAAACCGCAAAGACACACAGGGAGAAGAAGAAGAAGAAGAAUCUGGGGUUGUUUGCAGAGCGAGGAGGAGGAGGAGGGGGAGGAGGGGGAGGGGGCUGGGGGUUGUUGUGGGUGUGAAAUUCACCCUGGUGAGACCUGCGGCUUUAGACAUUCCCGACAUUCCGACCUCUAGGAUGCUUGAACCUUCUUCUUCUUCUGUGGGGGCAGUGGAGGACUCUUGGCAGGUUGUUUGGCUGAGCAGAAACUACACACCCUCUAAUUUAGGAGACCCUGGGAAUGAGAGCGGCGGCCCCUCGGGUUACAGUGUGGACAGAAGCCCCGGGGCAGCUCCUCCGCCGACGUUCACAUGUGUCAGGCCAAAGAGGGGGAUCCGGCUGCUUCUGGAGUUGUCAUUUUGA